AUGUCUUCAACCACGGCCAACAAGAGGAAGCGUACAAGAACGCAGUCACUUCCCCCACCUGAACUUCCUCGACUUGUUGCAGAGCAGCACGUGCCCAUCUCCUCGAGCGACAAGGACACCCGAAGACUGAUCGUCGUCUUGUCCAAUGCCAGUCUCGAAACCUACCGAGCAGCCCACAGCGGCGGAAAGCCUGGCGGUAAAGAAGAAAAAUACUCGUUGCUGAACAGCGAUGAACACAUCGGAGUCAUGCGCAAGAUGGGCCGCGACAUCAGUGACGCCCGCCCCGACAUCACCCAUCAGUGUCUUCUCACCCUCCUCGACUCGCCCAUCAACAAGGCCGGAAAGUUGCAGAUCUUCAUCCACACCGCCAAGGGUGUCUUGAUCGAGGUCAGCCCGACCGUGCGAAUCCCUCGAACCUUCAAACGCUUUGCGGGUCUCAUGGUGCAACUGCUCCAUCGACUCUCCAUCCGAUCGGUCAACUCCCAGGAAAAGCUGUUGAAGGUCAUCAAGAACCCCAUCACCGACCACCUCCCGCCGAACUGCAGAAAAGUCACCUUGAGUUUCGACGCCGAUGUCGUCGGUGUCCGAGAUUAUGUCGACACAUUGUCCCCCACCGAAAGCAUCUGUGUCUUCGUCGGCGCCAUGGCCAAAGGAAAGGACGACUUUGCCGACGAGUUCAAAGACGAGGCCAUCAGUAUCAGCAAUUACAGCCUGAGCGCCAGUGUGACCUGCAGCAAGUUCUGCCACGCCUGUGAAGAUUCCUGGAACAUCGUCUAG